AUUCCGGCUCCAUCAUUGUGUCUACAGGAGCAGCACCAGAGAGACAAGCCUCGUUUACCUUUAGUAAACCAACCCGUGUCAUUUCACACAGAAACCACCGCUAGAUUCGGCAGAGGAGGACCUCUGAAUUAUGAAGCAAUGCUCCGCCGGACCCUCUCUCUCCUGCUCUAGUUACCAGAACCCCUGCUGCUGUCACCGCAACCGUGAUCGCUUUUGCCUCUGCUAGUGGUUUGGCUGCCUCCUAAAAGGACAAAAAGGAGAAUUCGCAAUCCUCAUCAGCUGUUGUCUAGUCACAUAUGGUGCAUCGUUUGCAUUCCCGAGUCGACAUCCCUACCGCUCAGCUUCUUGCCAGCCUGUGACACUCAUAGGAUUCAUCAACACGGGAUAUUAAUAAGCGUGUGCUCUUGUUUUGCCUUGAUUGCACACGCUAAAGGACUUUUUUUUUUUUUUUAGUUUUUCCUCUCUACUGCCACACGGGUGGUGGCAGGACAUCGUAGGCCAUGGAACCCAAUAUGGAGUACUGUCUGACCCAGGUGCUACAGAAGGAUGUGGCCCGCAGGUUGCAGAUGGGUCCAGAGCUCAUUGACUACAUCACAGAUUCAGACAAGUGUCAUGACCUGGAGAGUGACCAGACUGCGCUAGAUAAAAUGGUGGACGGUAUCGCCACAUCUUGGGUUAACUCUAGCAACUUCAAGUUGGCUUUGUUAGGAAUGGACCUACUAUCUGCCUUAGUGACAAGAUUACAGGACCGAUUUCGUCCCCAAGUUGGUACAGUUUUACCCAGCUUGAUAGAUCGGUUAGGCGAUGCCAAAGAUCAAGUCAGAGACCAAGAUCAAACCCUGCUGCUAAAGAUCAUGGAGCAGUCAGCUACACCUCAGUACAUAUGGGACAGAAUGUUGGGGGGUUUCAAACACAAAAACAACCGGACCAGAGAGGGAGUUUGUCUCUGUCUCAUUUCAACUCUAAACACAUAUGGUGCCCAAGGCUUGACUCUGAGCAAAAUUGUACCACAUAUAUGUAAUCUACUCGGAGACCCUACAAGUCAGGUUCGGGAUGCGGCCAUGAACUGCCUUGUGGAAAUAUACAGGCAUGUUGGAGAGAAGGUUAGGAUUGAUCUUAGCAAAAAAGGACUGCCGCAAUCAAGGUUGAAUGUAAUUUUCAGCAGAUUUGAUGAAGUCCAAAGAUCUGGGAACAUGAUCCUCUCCUCAGGUUCAGAUAAGAACUUUGAUGACGAAGACUCUGUGGAUGGGGGCAGGUCCUCCUCCUCUUCCUCUUCUAAGGGCUUCUCCAGCAGCAGGAGAGGGGGCAGCAUGGGCUCAAUGAGACGACCUAGUUCUGCCUCUGGAUCCAGGGCUGCAGGGAAGGACAGUGUCAGCGCGGGAGCUGUGGAUGAAGAGGAUUUUGUCAAAGCUUUUGAAGAUGUACCUGCAGUGCAAAUAUAUUCCAGUAAGGAUUUGGAGGACUCCUUAAAUAAGAUCCGGGAAGUUUUGUCAGAUGACAAGCAAGACUGGGAGCACCGCGUCACUGCUCUGAAGAAAGUGCGGUCGCUUGUUCUGGCUGGUGCGACUGAGCAUGAGGGUUUCCUUCAACAUCUACGGCUUUUAGAAGGUGCCUUCAAGCUGUCGGCUAAAGAUCUUCGGUCCCAAGUGGUUCGAGAGGCCUGUAUCACAUUAGGGCAUCUGUCUUCAGUGUUGGGGAAUAAAUUUGAUCAUGGGGCUGAAAGCAUCAUGCCUACGCUGCUCAACUUAGUGCCCAACAGCGCCAAAGUUAUGGCCACAUCCGGAAUGGCAGCCAUCCGCCUCAUCUUGCGACAUACACACUUCCCACGCCUUAUCCCGAUCAUCACCAGCAACUGCACUUCUAAAUCUGUGGCUGUUCGAAGACGGUGUUAUGAGUUUUUAGACCUGUUAUUGCAAGAAUGGCAGACACACACUCUAGAGAGGCAUGUGGCGGUUCUCACUGAGACCAUCAAGAAGGGGAUCCAUGAUGCUGACUCAGAGGCCAGAUCUGUGGCAAGAAAGUGUUACUGGGGAUUCCAUGGCCAUUACAGUCGGGAGGCAGAGCACCUGUUUCAGGCGUUGGAGUCGACCUAUCAGAAGGCCCUACAGUCCCACCUGAAGAGUUCUGACAGUAUAGUGUCUCUACCACAGUCCGACCGCUCCUCCUCAAGCUCACAGGAGAGCCUCAAUCGACCGCUGUCAGUGAAGAGUGUCAUUGGAGGCCCGGUUACAAGAAGUAAAGUGAUCGGCUCUAGGGUGUCCUCAACACCUGGUGCCCUCCAGCGAUCUCGCAGCGACAUAGACGUGAAUGCCGCCUCCAGUGCCAAAUCUCGCAUGUCAACCGCAACCUCCCAAUCUCCCUUCAGCUCUGCUGCAGCCUUGCCUCCAGGCUCCUACGCCUCCCUGGACGGUGCAGCUGGUAAAAUAGAUGGUCGUGUGCGGACGAGAAGGCAGAGCUCAGGGAGUGCAGUCAGCGCCAGUAGCACUGUGACAGACAGCCGUGGUCGAAGCAGAGCUAAAGUGGUGUCUCAGUCCCAGCCCGGCAGCCGAUCCAGCUCUCCUGGGAAGCUCUUGGGACACGCAUAUGGCAGAAUUCCUAGAGCCACUGCCCCAACAACACCCUCAGACAAGUACUCUAGGGUCCCACGAAGCCAGGGGUGCAGCCGUGAAACCAGCCCCAGCAGACUGGGCCUAGCCCGGAGCAGUCGCAUCCCCCGCCCCAGCAUGAGUCAGGGGUGCAGCCGUGACACUAGUCGCGAGAGCAGCCGUGACACCAGCCCCGCUCGGGGCUUCACUCCUCUUGCCUCCCGACGUCACUCUCGCUCAACCAGCGCGCUGUCCACGGCCGAACCCGUGGGCCAGUCAGAUCGCUUUGGCCUGAUCCAUCAGGCUCGCAUUUCUGCAUCUGUCAAUGCUAUGAGGGUACUAAACACUGGCACAGAAGUGGAGGCUGCCGUAGCUGAUGCUUUGCUGUUAGGAGACUCCAGGAAUAAGCGCAAGCCUUUGAGAAGGAGGUACGAGUCUGAUGACGAUGCCAACAGUGAUGCGUCCAGUGCCUGCUCAGAGCGUUCCUAUAGCUCUCGUAAUGGAGGCAUUCCUCACUACCUGCGUCAGACGGAGGAUGUCGCCGAGGUGCUAAAUCACUGUGCCAGUUCCAACUGGUCUGAGAGGAAAGAGGGCCUGCUGGGUUUGCAGAACUUGCUAAAGAGUCAGCGCAUUCUCAGCCGUGUGGAGCUGAAGAGGCUGUGUGAGAUCUUCACCAGGAUGUUUGCAGAUCCUCACAGCAAGGUGUUUAGCAUGUUCUUGGAGACACUAGUGGACUUCAUUACUGUGCACAGAGAGGAUCUCCAGGACUGGCUUUUUGUUCUGCUCACUCAACUACUGAAGAAAAUGGGAGCUGACCUCUUGGGCUCAGUCCAAGCUAAGGUCCAAAAAGCUCUGGACAUCACACGGGAGUCUUUCCCCUUUGACCAACAGUUUAACAUUCUAAUGAGAUUCAUUGUUGAUCAGACUCAAACCCCCAAUCUGAAGGUGAAGGUGGCCAUCCUGAAAUACAUCGAGUCCCUGGCACGGCAGAUGGACCCUGCUGACUUUGUGAACUCAAGUGAGACGAGAUUAGCCGUGUCUCGCAUUAUCACCUGGACCACAGAACCCAAGAGCUCUGACGUUAGAAAAGCCGCCCAGGUGGUGCUGAUCUCACUCUUUGAGCUGAACACUCCUGAGUUCACCAUGCUGCUGGGCGCUCUGCCUAAAACAUUCCAGGAUGGAGCCACCAAGCUCCUGCAUAACCAUCUGAAGAACUCAAGCAACACAAGCAGCGUGAGUUCACCAAGCAAUACAAUGGGCCGCACGCCACCCCGGCACCCCACUAGCAGGACCAGUCCUCUCACCUCGCCCACAAAUUGCUCCCAUGGGGGUCUGUCACCCAGUAUGCUGGAGUAUGACACAGAGAACAUGAAUUCUGAUGAGAUCUUUAGCUCACUGCGUGGUGUCACAGAAGCCAUCCAGAGUUUCAGUUACCGCAGCCAAGAAGACCUGAAUGAGCCAAUCAGACGUGAUGGGAAGAAGGAUGAUGCCACUGGGAAGGAAGGGGCAUCUCCAGGGUCUGACGCAAGACUGGGAUUGGAUGUAGUGGAGGGUGGCCGUACCGCUUUGGAUAACAAAACAUCUUUGCUCAACACACCGUCCCCGCGGUCUUUCGCUGUGCCACGGUCGAGAGAGUUUGCACCCUAUGGCUACGGAGACACGAUCACGGCCUAUGACAAAAGUGCCCUGAAAGAGGCUGUCUUUGACGACGACGUGGAGCAGUUCCGAGACUGCCGUCGGCAAGACUGUGGUGAGAACAAGAUGGUGCUGCCCAAGGGCUUUACUCCUGAUUUGGUGGCAGACCUACUGAAGGAGCUGUCUAAUCACAAUGAGCGAGUGGAGGAGAGGAAGGGGGCGUUGAUCGAGCUGCUGAAGAUCGCUCGUGAAGACAGCCUGGCUGUGUGGGACGAGCACUUCAAAACAAUCCUAUUGCUGCUAUUGGAGACACUGGGGGACAAAGAUCACACUAUCCGAGCACUGGCUUUACGUGUUCUGAAGGAGAUCCUGAGGAACCAGCCAGCGCGUUUCAAGAACUAUGCAGAACUCACCAUCAUGAAAACACUAGAAGCCCACAAGGACUCUCAUAAAGAGGUGGUUAGGGCGGCUGAAGAGGCUGCCUCUACAUUGGCCGGCUCCAUUCACCCAGAGCAAUGCAUCAAGGUGCUGUGUCCCAUCGUACAGACUGCAGACUACCCCAUCAACUUGGCUGCUAUUAAGAUGCAGACCAAAGUGGUUGAGCGCAUUGCCAAGGAGUCCCUGCAUCAGCUGCUGCCAGACAUUAUCCCUGGCCUCUUACAAGGCUAUGAUAACACAGAGAGUAGCGUUCGCAAGGCCAGCGUGUUCUGUCUGGUGGCCAUCUACUCUGUGAUUGGUGAGGAGCUGAAGCCACACUUGGCCCAGCUCACGGGUAGCAAGAUGAAGUUGCUAAAUCUGUAUAUUAAGAGGGCCCAGACCACCAACAGCAACAGCAGCAGUUCUUCAGAUGUGUCCUCUCACAGCUAGCCAUAUGGAGUCUAAUCAGUGCCCUACAUGUGCAUUUGGGAACAUAGUUGUGCCUCCUCCAGACAUCUUUUUUAUUGCUUCAUCACAAUCUAGCUGGAUUUUCCCAGAGAGAUGUGUUGCUCACUGCAAUCAAACUUUUCUUUUCAUCCAACUCCUGGAAACCUCUUAGUUUGUCUCUCAUGCAUCUUUCCAUCUGUGGAACGUUGAAUGUAAAGGGGUUUGAAUCGAGAAAAAUGCAUGCAGAGCUUCCAUGAUAGGCAUUGCUUCCUUAAUUGGAGGAAACAGGCUUUCUUCAUCUUCUGAAGAGGUGAAUCGUUAACUAAAUUUAUUAGUAAUAACUUAUUCGUGUUUACAAGUGGUGUUAAAGGUUUAGUUGAGUUAUUUGGAUAUUUUAAAUGGGCACAGUUGGUUUAACUAAUACACCACUUGAAUCUCAGUUGAUGCUAGUGGAUCAUUUGGCUGGCCGAGUGAUAAAUGUUAAGAAAAGAGAAAAAUAUAAGUAAUUUGUAGGUUUGGCUACAAUGACAACCAAAAAACAAAACAAAACAAAAGUAGGAUUAAAUCAUUCUUAUAUUAAUUUUUAUUUAAUGGGACCGCAAUACCACAUCCCAUAAUGUUGAAAGUGAUGUAAAGCAAUUGUGUUGAUUUUAUUAUAGGAUGGAUUAUGUGUUAAAAAUAUGGGCCUCAAUACAGAAAACAAGGACAAACUUCUGAAUGUAUAGCUUUUCCUUUCAUCUUUGGGGAAAAAAGCGAAGGGUUUCGUGACUAAACAAGCGAGCCAUAACACACACGGUCAUUUAAAAUGUUCACAAACACUCGAAUGGAGUUGCAAGCAUGACCUGGAGCGUCUUCAGACAAGAAACAAUGAAUGAAACUGAUUUACACUUUAUGUUCUUGGAGCAAGAGUAUUGUGAUGGAAAUUUCAAAACUACUAUGCCUUGCAUUCCUUUUUCUGUUUAAAAAAACUCAGACUGUUAAGUUAUAUGUGUCUAGAGGCAUUCUUACACUACAUUGCUAAAGCAUGACACUGCAAGUUCGUCACGUGUCUACGACACUAAUGAAAGCCCUCUCUGGCUCAAGAACUAGAGGUGAUGUUAUGUUCUCUGAAAGGUCUGAACUUAUUCUUUUUCUUUGUUCAUCUGGAACUUUUUUUCAUCUAAUGUUAAGUGCUGGGCUUUAAUGUGUUUUGUACAUACCUUUCAAUCAUUGCUUCUCACUCCCCCACAAAAUUAAGGUAAAGAUGUUGCACUCUUUUGCACGUUAACAGAUAGCCUGCAUGUUUUGAUGACAUAACCAUCCUGUGCUGCCGUGACUGACCUAGUUUUGGCUGUUUGUGAAAACUUGCCACGUCAGCAAUCUGGUCGGUCUGUAAAUACAGUAUUAUUAUUAUUAUUAUUAUUAUUAUUAAUAUGUUGCCCAUGUGGGGAAGUAGACAAGUGCAAAUCUCAAAUGGGUCUCUCAGAGUUGACCAAAAUGCCUAUCUUCAGACUGUGAACCAGACCACAUUAGAAAUUAAGGACAGACAUUUGAAAGCACCCUACUUUUAGUAUUAUAUACUGAGGCAUGUGGCUUUUAUUGGUAUGCUAAAUGUGCGUACCCUUUUUUUGAUUCAGAGUUUGUUUUUAACUGAUUCAGACCAUGAACCAUCGUUUUGGUUUAGAUUGGGGUUAUUCAUAAAAAUAUCUGUUUAUGAAAGGACAAAGCCAACUGUGAGGAUCAACAGUGCAAGUAUUAAGUUUCCCCUUGUGUUUCCUGAAAUGUUGACCUCCAAUGGAAUUCCAUCAAAUUGUUCACUACGCAUGUUAGACUUUAUGUUUUGUCAUUAGAUGCAGAUACACUCUUGUAUUUAUAAAUUUAUUUCCUUUUCUGUCCCAAUGUACAGUCCCGUCCCCCCCGCCCCCCAUCAGCCUGAGUUUGGCCUAGAAAUAAAACAACCAGAAACAUGAA